AUGCUUUCUACUGCUGGUUGGAAAAUUGUGUCCCUGCUUUAUUUUGUGUGUGCAUCAUCAUGUGAAUCAAAUAUUGCUUAUAGAGUUGUAGAUGAAAACUCUUACGAAAACAAAAUUGAUGUGAUGAAUCAAUAUAUCUUCGCGUUCUCAAUAAGUUUUGGAAUUAUGGUAGCGUUAAGUAUAAUAUACUUUAAAAUUAAGAAGAGAUAUCCAAAGCUUCUUCCACUCUUGGCACUUUCGACAAGUUUUUUGAUGAUAAUUCACGAUUUAGUAGCCAUCUUAUUUAAAUCUUAUUUAACGCCACGUCACACUUCAUUAAAAAGUGAAACAGGUUUAAGACUAUCCAGGAAUAAUAAUGAUGAAAAACAUAAUUUUAGUCCACCACAAACUCCUGCCUUGUUCCUUUCAAAUGAUGGAAGGAGGAGUAGCGUUGGUUUGAUAAGUAGGGCGCCCCUUUCCCCAUUUUUGUAUCAACCUCCUUCUCCUUAUAAUGCUGAAGAUCAAGGGGAUGAAGAGGAGGGAAUACCACAAGAAUAUGUGGAUUUUAAUAAAGGAGGUGAGGUAAAUGACCUUUCGAACUCUAUUAAUUCUAACGUUACCAAACCCCAAUCUAGUUAUAUUCCUCAUUUAAAUAAAUAG